AGAGUCUCACUCUGUGGCCCAGGCUAGAGUGCGGUAGUGUGAUCUUGACUUACUGCAAGCUCCACCUCCCGGGUUCAUGCCAUUCUCCUGCCACAGCCUCCCAAGUAGCUGGGAUUACAGGUGCCCACCAUCACGGCUGGCUAAGUUUUCGUAUUUUUAGUAGAGACAGGGUUUCACCAUGUUAGCCAGGAUGGUCUCGAUCUCCUGACCUCAUGAUCUGCCCACCUCGGCCUCCGAAAGUGCUGGGAUUACAGGCGUGAGCCACCGCCCCCGGCGGCUAUCCUUUUUAGAAAAAAAAGUCAAUUGUCUUUAUUUAGUUUGUUAUAACAAAAUACCUUAGACUGAGUAAUUUACAAACAAUAGAGAUUUAUUGCUCACAGUUCUGGAGGGUGGGAAGUCCAAGAUCAAGGCAUCAUCAAAUUUGGUGUCUGGUAAGUACCCACUCUGCUUCAAAGAUGGCACCUUCUUGCUGUGUUUUAUGUGGUGGAAAGAGCAAACAAACUACCUCAGGCCUCUUUUAUAAGGGCACUAAUCCCCUUCAUGAGGGCAGAGCCUAAAGGCCCUAUCAAUACUAUUGCUUUAGGGAUUGGAUUUCAACAAUUUGGGGGAACAAAAACAUUCAGACCAUAGCAUCAAACCACUUAAUUUUUUCAAAACCGAACUUUUGCAAUAAAGCAGUAAUCAAAAACUAGUAAAUCUUGGCAAUUAAAGCUGGCCCUGGAAUCCCUUGCCAUUUUUUCUUUCUCUUUUCUGAUGACUUCUCUCUCUAUUUUCAGAGUACUUAUGAUGCCCCAAAUCUCCCUUCCAACCCUGUCUAACCUUUGCUCCUCAGAAUGCUUUGAUUUGCUUUAUCCUCUCAUCAGAAUUCACAUUCCCUUAGUAUGUUGAAUGAGUGACCUCUAGUUCAUACUGAGGUGUAGUUUUUUGUUUGUUUUUUCAGACAGUCUCACUGUGUCUCCCAGACUGGAGUGCAGUGGCAUGAUCUCGGCUGACUCCAACCUCCGCCUCCCAGGUUCAAGUGACUCUCAUGCCUCGGCCUCGUGGGUAGCUGGGAUCACAGGUGUGCACUACCAUGCCCUUUUUUGCAUUUUUAGUAGAGCCAGGGUUUCACUAUAUUGACCAGGCUGGUCUCAAACUCCUGUCUUUAAGUGAUCCUCCUGCCUCCGGCUCCCAAAGUGUUGGGAUUACAGGUGUGAGCCACCGCGCCCGGCCUAACGUGAAGUUUGUUGGUAACAAGCUUCUGUAUUUUCUGCUAUUGGCAAGAAUGCUUAUUCACACGUAACAGGAAUUUAACAGUUGGCAUUAACGUUGCCCAAACCAGACUCUACUUUUGGUGGUGAAAAGGCCAUUUCUGGCUCUGAGGCCCCUUGAAAACACAACUGAUUUUUUUUACUAAUUUCUCUGAAGCUUGAUAUAUCACUAGAAUAAGACAAAUACCUAAAUUAACAGUAGCUUAAAUAGUUUGGGGGUGGUUAUUCUUGCGAAUAGUCAGAGGUAGCUAGUUCAAGGCUGACAUGAUGGCACAGUGGUGUUAUCAACAGUCCAGAUUGGCUCCAUCUUUCUGACCUGCCAUCCUUAGCACAAGACUUUUCCUCUCAAAGAAGAUCAUGGUUGCAUACUGGCUGCUGCAGGCAUAUUGUAUUCACAAAAGGAUGAUGAUAACAAGGUAAAAUGAAGUGGAAAAUGAAAAGUGAGGCAUGAGGCUGGAGAGGUAAACUAGCCAGGUCUCUAGCAGCCAUGUGGAGGGCAAGCAGAGAAGGGGCAGGGGAUGCAGGAAUUAACAUGGGCAACAUGGGGACCUGGUAUUAAGGAAUUGUAAUGGCUCAAGCAACGCAAACUACAGAUCUGAAUUAGCACAGUAGCAAUGUGAAAAAGGAAUGAAAUUGAGAUAUUGAAAUGGUAAAAUAGGCAGGAAUGGCUGAGUAGAUGUGAGGGAGUGGAAGAGGUCAACGUUGAUUCCUAGGUUUCUGUCUUCAUUUAUGAAAAAAAUUCAGGAAAAGCAGUCACUCUUUAAAGAUGAAUUCAGAUUUGUGCACAUUAAGUUCAAGAUGUCUGUGGAACAUAUAAGUGGAGAUGUCCAGCAGUCAGCUGGAUAUGAAUAUGAAGAUAGGGGGAGUGGUCAGGGAUGGAGACAGACUUUUGAAUCAUCUGCAAACAUACAUCCCAAGGUAAAAGAGUAGAUACACUAUAGUCUCCCAGGGAGCACACAUAGCCAUGGUUCUCAGUCUAAUCCUGGGACACCAAAUUAUUAGUGGGUAAAGGAAAAGAAUCUCAAGACCGAAUGGUCAAGAAACUGGGAACCAAACUAGGAGAGAGUGGCAUCUCAGAAGCCAAGCAUGUCAAGGAAAGAAUAGCUAAUAGGAUGUGUGUAAGGUAUGCACACGAAAGAGCUUUGGAAUCCAUCUUAGGAAAUAUACAGUAUUAGCUGUUUUAAGGAGACAUGCUUUAAAUAUCAAAGCAAGUCAUCCUGAUUUAAAAAACUCCCACUUGUAUAGAGGAAUACCAGGAUUUGAGCACCACCAAAUGGAACUCAUUCCCUGACAUCCCAAAGCCAUCAGAAUAACAGUAGAAGCGUCAAGACAGUUACUAUAUGAUUUUCCCCGCAAGACAUUCAGUAAUCUGUGAUUCCCCCUGCUUAAAUUUUAUCUCAUGCCUUCUUCCCUGACCAGUUCAACACAAGCAGCCCUGAGAUGUAAUAUCUUCUCACCCUGACCCUCAAAGUGUGUCUCAUGCUUUCUAACAGAGGCCAUCCUCUUGGAGGAAGACUUGUACUUUUGGCCUGUAGCCCCACCCUCCCUCCUAUGGCGUCCUUACAGUCAGUUCUGCAGUGAGUGGGACACUUUCCAAAUAUAAUAGCAAAUGGAAACUUCUAAUUACAUCUGCACAUAAAACUAAUGUUCCAAAUGGUGGUUGCGGUUCUGGUGAGUGCUUAUAAUUUUUUGUUACCUCAGCAUCCAUUUUCGAAUAUGUUUAACUUUUAAUAACAGAAGCAAGUCUCAGUCACCAUUGACAGUUUCCAGUACUAUACCCCACCCAAAUGGCUCUAGCUGGUGGCCAGAGAUAAACAUGCGGUGAUGUGAUAACAGGGCACUACUGCAGCUUCAAACUCUGGUUCAAGUUCCUCCCACCUCUGCCUUUUCACCUGCUUGCUUUAAAUCCACCAGUUAGAGCUCUCCAGAGGAAACUUAACUGGAUAAAGUUGCUGGCCCAAAGGUCCGUCCCUCCCUUCCCUCUCCCUGUGCUCCCUGAUCUCCGUGUGUGUGUGUGUGUGUGUGUGUGUGUGUGUGUGUGUGUGUCCUCUAGGCAAGCUGUGUACCACCCACGGUCCGUAAGUACUAAAAAUUCUUAAACUUUCACACCGCUGUGUUAUUGAAACCAUGCCUACAAUCCAGUCCCUGAGGGCGAGGCCACCCUGAAAGGACAGACUCAUGCAGGCGGAUCCCCUGCUCUUGCUCUUCUGUCCCCGCCUCUGGUGGCUGCUGGGGAACAGUAGCUACCAGCUAAGUUGAUAGAGACACUCGAAGAGGUUCAUUCAAAACACUGGUCCCCGAGCAGCCCAGUAAGCUUUUAAACGCAUAACAUUUUGUUUGGGUCUCAAACAAGUCACAAGGCACGGAUACGGAUGCGGCUGUGGCUGAUGGCUAUUUGGAUGCUGCCCAAGCCUCGCAGUAGGAAGCAGCUUCAGACUGCAGCAGGGCCGCAUAGCCCGAUAGCCAGGCCCUGGGGCACCCAGGGCACCAGCAAGACGCACAGAAACGUUUUGAAAAACAUUUUAAUAUACUUAAAAAAAAACGUAAAAGGGAAAAUAAGAAGUCUUUGGAAGUUUCCUACUGUUUUUAUGUCCCAUAGCAAAUCCGAGGAGGACGCCCCAAACUUUCAGUUCCCUGGGGUUUUGAAGGUGCUCAUUGGGUCCUGGCCACCCGGCCUUUUCAGAACCUGGGCCAGGAGGCUGAGCUCCGCGCGGGGGUGGAGGGAAAGGAGGGAAAGGAGGAGGUUCCUGCCGAGGCGCGGCUGCUCGGUGCGGGAGCCCGGAGCCUGGGAGGGCAAGGGCAUCCCGAGGGGCGGGGUCGGGGGCGGAGCCUUGCGGGCUGGAGCGAAGGACUGCGGGGGCUGAGCGCAGAAGCGGCUCGAGGCUGGAAGAGGAUCCAGGGUGCCGCCAGUCUUUAGCACCAGUUGGUGUAGGAGUUGAGACCUACUUCACAGUAGUUAUGUGGACAAUCACAAUGGGAAUCCAAGGAGGGUCUGUCCUGUUCGGGCUGCUGCUCGUCCUGGCUGUCUUCUGCCAUUCAGGUCAUAGCCUGCAGUGCUACAACUGUCCUAACCCAACUGCUGACUGCAAAACAGCCGUCAAUUGUUCAUCUGAUUUUGAUGUGUGUCUCAUUACCAAAGCUGGGUUACAAGUGUAUAACAAGUGUUGGAAGUUGGAGCAUUGCAAUUUCAACGACCUCGCAGCCCACUUGAAGGAAAAUGAGCUAACGUACUCCUGCUGCAAGAAGGACCUGUGUAACUUUAACGAACAGCCUAAAAAUGGUGGGACAUCCUUAUCAGAGAAAACAGUUCUUCUGCUGGUGACUCCAUUUCUGGCAGCAGCCUGGAGCCUUCAUCCCUAAGUCAACACCAGGAGAGCUUCUCCCAAACUCCACGUUCCUGCGUAGUCCGCUUUCUCUUGCUGCCACAUUCUAAAGGCUUGAUAUUUUCCAAAUGGAUCCUGUUGGGAAAAAAUAAAAUUAGCUUGAGCAACCUGGCUAAGAUAGAGGGGCUCUGGGAGGCUUUGAAGACCAGUCCUGUUUGCAGGGAAGCCCCACUUGAAGGAAGAAGUCUAAGAGUGAAGUAGGUGUGACUUGAACUAGAUUGCAUGCUUCCUCCUUUGCUCUUGGGAAGACCAGCUUUGCAGUGACAGCUUGAGUGGGUUCUCUGCAGCCCUCAGAUUAUUUUUCCUCUGGCUCCUUGGAUGUAGUCAGUUAGCAUCAUUAGUACAUCUUUGGAGGGUGGGGCAGGAGUAUAUGAGCAUCCUCUCUCACAUGGAACGCUUUCAUAAACUUCAGGGCUCCCGUGUUGCCAUGGAGGCAUGCCAAAUGUUCCAUAUGUGGGUGUCAGUCAGGGACAACAAGAUCCUUAAUGCAGAGCUAGAGGACUUCUGGCAGGGAAGUGCGGAAGUGUUCCAGAUAGCAGGGCAUGAAAACUUAGAGAGGUACAAGUGGCUGAAAAUCGAGUUUUUCCUCUGUCUUUAAAUUUUAUAUGGGCUUUGUUAUCUUCCACUGGAAAAGUGUAAUAGCAUACAUUAAUGGUGUGUUAAAGCUAUUUCCUUGCCUUUUUUUUAUUGGAAUGGUAGGAUUUCUUGGCUUUGCCACACACAGUUACAGAGUGAACACUCUACUACAUGUGACUGGCAGUAUUAAGUGUGCUUAUUUUAAAUGUUACUGGUAGGAAGGCAGUUCAGGUAUGUGUGUAUAUAGUAUGAAUGCAAUGGGGACACCCUUUGUGGUUACAGUUUGAGGCUUCCAAAGGUCAUCCUUAAUAACAACAGAUCUGCAGGGGUAUGUUUUACCAUCUGCAUCCAGCCUCCUGCUAACUCCUAGCUGACUCAGCAUAGAUUGUAUAAAAUACCUUUGUAAUGGCUCUUAGCACAGUCACAGAUGUUUGAGGCUUUCAGAAGCUCUUUCUAAAAAAUGAUACACACCUUUCACAAGGGCAAACUUUUUCCUUUUCCCUGUGUAUUCUAGUGAAUGAAUCUCAAGAUUCAGUAGACCUAAUGACAUUUGUAUUUUAUGAUCUUGGCUGUAUUUAAUGGCAUAGGCUGACUUUUGCAGAUGGAGGAAUUUCUUGAUUAAUGUUGAAAAAAAACCCUUGAUUAUACUCUGUUGGACAAACCGAGUGCAAUGAAUGAUGCCUUUCUGAAAAUGAAAUAUAACAAGUGGGUGAAUGUGGUUAUGGCCGAAAAGGAUAAGAACAUAUGCAGUAUGCUUAAUGGUAGCAACUGAAAGAAGACAUCCUGAGCAGUGCCAGCUUUCUUCUGUUGAUGCCGUUCCCUGAACAUAGGAAAAUAGAGACUUGCUUAUCAAAACUUA